AUGAGUGACGAGAUGAAAUCACUAGACGACUCCAAGCUAUGCGACCAGAAUGAUGGCAGCAUAGAGACCAUUCCAGAUGUGCUCCAGCAUUCUAAAUCUGGCCGCGAGGACCCGUUUGGGGACGAAACCGACGCAGGAGUCAAAUACCGCACCCUCGAAUGGUGGCAAGCGGGGAUGAUUAUGAUUGCGGAGUCUGUGUCCCUAGGAAUCCUCUCUCUCCCUUCAGUUCUGGCCACUCUUGGGAUCGUUGGCGGUGUUGCACUCAUCGUUGGACUCGGUCUCAUCUCGACAUACACAGGCUWCGUCUAUGGACAAUUCAAAGAGAGAUACCCCCAUGUGCAUAACAUGGCGGAUGCCGGCGAGGUGAUGUUUGGUCCGGUGGGGAGGGAGAUUUUAGGAACCGCACAAGUGUGA